AUGGAUCAUCUAAACCACCAACACACUGAACUCGAUCAACCUCUCCUCUCUCCAAAAUCAUCUUCUUCUCCCGAUAACCAAGCUAGUGAUCAACUAGAAUGUGUUCUAUCAGAUACCCAGUUAUCUCAACUGAAACGUCUCCGUUUAGCCACCAUGAUCGAGCUCAAACUCCUCUUCAAUCUCGCUGCUCCGUCCGUGAUCGUCUACAUGUUCAACUACCUCAUGUCAAUGUCUACCCAGAUCUUCUCCGGCCACCUCGGUAACCUCGAACUCGCCGCCGCCUCCCUCGGCAACACCGGCAUCCAAGCUUUCACUUAUGGAGUCAUGCUAGGAAUGGGGAGCGCUGUGGAGACCCUAUGUGGGCAAGCCUACGGUGCAUCCAAGUAUGAAAUGCUUGGUGUAUACAUGCAGAGAUCAACGAUCCUGCUUAUGCUAACUGGAAUCCCACUUACCAUCAUCUACAUCUUUUCUAAGCCAAUCUUGAUCCUUCUUGGGGAAUCAUCAAGAAUCGCAUCGGCAGCUUCGGUGUUUGUUUGUGGUCUGAUCCCUCAGAUAUUCGCCUACGCAGUUAAUUUCCCUCUACAGAAAUUCUUGCAGUCACAGAGCAUUGUGGCCCCCAGCGCCUACAUAUCGUUGGUGACGUUGGUUCUACAUAUGUUAUUAAGCUGGGUGGCGGUGUACAAGAUCGGACUUGGGUUGUUUGGGGCUUCUUUGUUGCUGAGCUUGUCGUGGUGGGUUUUAGUGGUGGCUCAGUUCGUUUAUAUAGUGAAGAGUGAGAAGUGUAAGAAGACAUGGACUGGGUUUACAUUAGAAGCUUUUUCAGGGCUGUUUGAGUUUUUAAAGCUAUCGGCUUCGUCGGCGGUGAUGUUGAGCUUGGAGAUUUGGUAUUUUCAGAUACUGGUUUUGCUUGCUGGAUUGCUGGAGAACCCUCAAUUGGCGUUAGAUUCUCUCUCUAUCUGCAUGACAAUAAAUAUCUGGGUUUUCAUGAUUUCGGUUGGAUUCAAUGCAGCUGCAAGUGUAAGGGUGAGCAAUGAGCUUGGAGCUGGACACCCUAAAUCGGCAGCAUUCUCAGUAGUGGCGGUGACUUUGAUAUCUUUGAUAACUGCAUUGAUCUUAUCAGCAGUGGUGCUUGCAUUAAGAGAUGUCAUCAGCUAUGCUUUUACUAGUGGAGAAGUUGUAGCCCAAGCAGUCUCAGACCUUUGCCCUUUACUAGCCAUCACUUUGAUCCUCAAUGGAAUCCAACCCGUUUUGUCAGGUGUAGCUGUUGGGUGUGGAUGGCAAACAUUCGUUGCUUAUGUUAAUGUGGGAUGCUAUUACAUCAUUGGGAUCCCUUUAGGGGCUUUGCUGGGUUUUAAGUACAAUUUAGGCGCCAAGGGAAUAUGGUCAGGGAUGAUAGGUGGCACAACAAUACAGACUAUCAUCUUACUAUGGGUUACCAUUAGAACAGAUUGGAAGAAAGAGGUGGAGAAAGCAGUGAAACGCUUGGAUAAAUGGAAAGUCAAUGAAGAACCAGUAGGAAAAGAGUGAUGGGAACUUUGGAACUUGUAAAGCAUGGCUAGUUAACAUGUGAAGAGAUAUGGUUUUCUGUGGUUUAGUAUGUGGUGUGGAGUGGUCUGAUGA